AAAAAUGGCAGCUCCCACAAAAUAAGUGCAAAUUUAUAUUGCUGAAAUAAUUUCGUUAUUUAUUGGGAAAUCAUUCGCAAAAAUGGGAAAUAGUGGAACCCGCAUGUUUGGGAAGAUUUUCUCAUCAUUUUCUGGGAACAGCGACCAUAGUGACAGCUGUGACAGCGAACAACGUUUAUCCAAGUCGAAAUUAUGUGGUACGCCGUUCGUGUACACACGCAGAGGGUCGCGAUUCUUUGAUGAAGAUGGAGACCUCGCACACGAGUUCUACAUCGAGGUUCCAGCGUCCGGCAGGAGAAAGCGCGCCUCGAUGAAGAAACGCUCGACGCACGGCCUCACACCCGAGGGUGAAGUCCGCUACAAGUAUCCCAGAAUCCACGUCGACCUUCCAGUCGUUCUCUACUGUAGUAGCUGAUCAAGCCGCUUCGUUAACCAUGGCUGGCAACAGCAGCAGCAGCAUCACCUGGUGAGGUCGCUUUUGGGUCAACAAGCACCGGUCACGCCACCUGGUGUGCAAAAGAAGCUUCUCAUGCUGCCUGGUGGUGAGCGUGCAAGUGUGUGUGUGUGUGUGUGUGAGAAAACAGGUGUACCCUGUGGAUGUAAAUACUUAAUAUUUGUGAAACUGUCCCGGCCUGUGUAAACUACACACAUCCAUGACCAUGGCGUGGGUUAGCCUGGGCAGGCCGUAUAUGUGUGUUAUUUCAUUGGCGUUCACUUAUUUGAAGGCCAUGUGUAUAUCAUUCUAUAGUUAUAUCAUGAGAUGAAAUGUUCAGAUUUGCCUACCUUUUCCUUUGGUUAUCGUGCGAGGGAACUGCUUAUGCGUGCGUGCGUGCGUGCGUGCGUGCGUGUGUGCGUGGGUGUUUGUGUGAGAGAGAGAGAGUAGCAGAGCCUUCAAACUACCUGUGUUUGGCCCGUAGUCCCAAGACUGUAAAAAUUAAUGUCCAGUCAUCGUGUGUUCAUAACCAUAGUGCAAUUUUGUAAGUGGAAAACGAGAGGGGAUAAAAUGUGUUCAUCUUCAUGCAUACGUACGUAAGGCUAUUCGGAUAAGUUGAUUAGGUUGUGCGUAACAUACAUGUUCACGUAUUCGAAACUGGCCUAUAAUUAUUGCUAACAGAGAUUAUUAAAUCAUUAUAUUAACGGUAUCAGCCUGCAGAUGGCGCCACCGUGUUUGAAUUUACUGUUUUAUUAUGUAUCGUAUCCCACCUUGCAGAAUUUGUCUGUGAUCACAGUGUAACCAUGAAAAUAUGUUAUGCGGGCUUGAUGAAAACUGUGUGAGUUUGUUUUACGAGGUGCGUGUGCUGUUUAUUGUAAGUACUGUCAGUGGGCAAAAUUAAAGGCAACAAACAACCACCGGCGAAAUGUUGCUAUUGUAAAAUUUCAGCAUUAAAUUAAAUUAUGUAUAAACUAAUUUUGCUGCUGAAUUGCCAUAUGAAUAAGUUCAUCGGCGCAUAACCUGCUAGCAUCCUAUCAGGAGUCUAUCAAUAGAUAUUAUAUUGAUAUUAUAUCGAUAUUAGAUAUAGAUAAUAUAUCUAUUGAUAGACUCCUGAUCCUAUUCUGGAACACCCAAAUAUCCGCUACUGUUUUAGUCAGAGCCGUAAGUUCGCUCUUACCAAGAAUCCAUGCAUCGGUGUGUUUACCUCUUUGUGCGUGAAUGGUAAGGUGCAGAAAGUUUGUUUUUGGUGACCAUCUGCCUUACUUCCUUACCUCAAUAUUAUUGCCUCAAUUCAGUCAGUUAGCAAUUCUUUUCAUAAAGAGAGUUUCGGUGGCAUGAGUUAAUAAACUUUGAACUGUUCGGAGCUUCUCAGUUGCAGGGUCGUCCAUUUUUUUCCGCUGUUCAUUAUUUUCUGUUUCGUUGCCUAUUCUAUUAGAUGCGUUUGGCGUGUUCGUUUA